ACUGUAUAAAUGUAUCUUAAUUCAUGGUCUGGGUCUCAUCUCAUGCGCUUUCUUUUCCACACGCAGCCACAUAGUAAACACUUCUGAGGUAAAUAAAGUGAAAUAAAAAAUGACAGUCUCAGCUGCUUUUCAACACUUUUACUUUGUCAUGCCUAUUCAUACAAUAAAAUAUGCAAAUGUAACACUAAUCGCCAUAACCAUUCAUACUUUCGUUCAUAUAAGAAUAAAAAAAAUGUAUGAAUAUUCAAAACGAAUAUGUGAAUUCCUCCAUCGGAGAGCCGAUUAAAAACUGAAAAAAAAAAAAAAAAAUCUGAAAAAUUACAAAUAUACAUCCUGUUGUUUUUGCAUAUUUAAAAUGGCUAAACCAGUGGAAGUUUACAAAAUGGCAGUAAAAAGAGUUCAAGUCGACUGAGAUUUACCUAUAACAGUGCAAAUUAGUCUGUAAUUCAUGUAGCUUCUAUGAAUUUCUCAAGCAACUUGUAUAGUAACCAAACCAAACUGACCAUAUGGUAUAAAUUAAAGAAUAAACUAAAUUCAUAUUUUUUACUAGGCCAUAUGCUACAGAUGUAACCUCCCCAUGCUUAUGAAUAUUUAACUUAUGGGUGUGUUUAAAACCAAAGCAUCAACCCUCCUGUGUAGCCAGGUUUCCUUUAAUAUAAAUGAAUCCACAAAGUUGCCUGAAUACCAAGACACCAAACCAACAUCCUCCCACAGCUACAAAAUGUUGCUGUGAAGAAGUGGUCUUAUUUUUGAGAUUUGUGGUAUUCCUAAUACAUUUUUGAAAUGCUUAACAGGGGAAUGACAAAUGCAGACAAUCAAGCAAUGGACUACUGCUUUUCAAACAACAAUUUGUCAUGCAUCAAAGAAAUCAAACCUGAAGUGGAGUAUUUUGUUUUGUACAUUUUCAUAUCUUUAGCAUCUGUUUUUACUGUGUUUCUGAACCUACUGGUGAUCAUCUCCAUCUCUCACUUCAAGCAGCUUCACACUCCAACAAACCUGCUCAUCCUCUCUCUGGCUGUGGCCGACCUGAUUGUGGGACUGAUUGUUAUUCCAUUAAUGGGCAUCAGAUUCAUAGAGUCAUGCUGGUACUUUGGAGAGACAUUUUGUGCUUUGUUCCCAUUUAUUCUUUAUACUGUUGUUUCAGCAUCUCUUGGUAAUUUAGUUUUUAUAUCUAUAGAUCGUUAUAUUGCUGUGAAAGAUCCUCUGCAAUAUUCAACAAGGGUCACCACCACCAAAGCUGUUUUUUGUAUCAUUGUAAACUGGGUAUGUUCAAGCAUAUAUUCGGUUAUCAUGUUAUACGAUGCUAUCUACUAUACAGAGAACCCAAUUACAUGUUAUGGGGACUGUAUUGUUACUGUCAAGUUUGAGUAUGUUCUCACAGACCUCAUUGUUUCAUUAGUGGCCCCUUGUUCAGUAAUAAUAUCUUUAUAUGGGCAGAUCUUCUGUGUAGCAAAAUAUCAAGCUCGGCUCAUAAACUCUGUCACAAAUGUCAGCAGGUCAGAAAAAAAGGCAGCAAAAACACUGGGGAUUGUGAUAGCAGUUUAUCUUCUAUGUUGGAUACCGUAUUACAUAGCCUCUCUUUUUCCGGGAUAUGAUUCAAAUGAAUCAGCUGUAAUGAACAUUAUGUGUUGGAUUAUGUAUUUGAAUUCUUGUAUGAAUCCCCUCAUCUAUGCACUAUUUUAUCGAUGGUUUAGAAUAUCAACUAAACACAUUCUGUCUCUUAAAAUAUUUGAACCAUCAUCAGAAUACUUAAGCUUGUUCCCAGAGGUAAAUGAUCAGUAAUAAUGUGUAAUGUUAAAGGCAAGAAAAUGAAAAACAAAUUCAUUUCAUGAUGUAUUUUGCUGGCCAUACUAUGGUAGUUAAUUUUAUGUACUGUAACAUCCAUCAAUAACAACACCUCUAGCAGUUGUCUGGUAAUACUUUUAAAGACCAUACACUGUAAAACUGCAGCAGACACAAUUGUAUGUCAAGAAGUAAAUAACUAAGAGAUAAAUAACUGUAAUAAAAAAAUAUUACAUGUG